AUGCAGCUACUUCAAAUCGAUGGUUAUCAAACACUUUGGCUACCUGAACACGAGGCGGAAUUUCAAAAAGCGAGUAUAAAAUUCAUGAGUUCAAAAGUAGAAAAACCUGAUGUCUCAUCUUGGAUUCAAGAUAUUGCAAAGAAACGCUUGAAUAUCGCAACAAGUGUAGCAGAAUUUAAAUAUGCUAAAUGUCGCGUUCGUCAAUUAAAAGGACCAAAUCAUUUUCCUUCAAUAGAAGACGAUUUUGAAAAGCAAACUCAUGAAACCUUAUCAAAGUCAGAUCAUAAACUGGGAGUUCUUUAUUGGAUGAUACGUGAACAAAGAGUACAAGGUAAAGAAAAUUUUAGUCUUCAAGUGAAAUUCAUAUCAGUAAUACGUUCAAGUUUCAACGUACUUUUUCAUUUAUUCGUUGAAAUUUUAUUUUAUGACUGUCGUUUGUGUGACUAA